UGAGGUAGUCGGUUUGGGAGGAAAUUGGGUGUGAGUUUUUGUCCCGGAGCACCCUCUGGUCGCGUCGGUAGCUCUAGAGGCAGGUUUCAGAAGGAAGGCAAUCGCCGCAGGACGAGGUCCCGAGCCGGGAAUGCAGGAUGGCGGCGCCGAACAGGGAAGGGGGUGCUCUGAGUGAAGCCAUGUCCCUGGAGGGAGACGAAUGGGAGCUGAGCAAGGAAAAUGUGCAACCCUUACGACAGGGGCGGAUCAUGUCCACACUGCAGGGAGCCCUGGCGCAGCAGGAGUCUGCCUGUAACACGGCUCUCCAGCAGCAGAAACGGGCAUUUGAAUCUGAAAUUCGAUUUUACUCUGGAAAUGACCCUCUGGAUGUCUGGGAUAGGUAUAUUAGCUGGACAGAACAAAACUAUCCUCAGGGCGGGAAGGAGAGCAACAUGUCAACAUUAUUGGAAAGGGCUAUAGAAGCAUUACAGGGAGACAAACGGUAUUACAAUGAUCCUCGAUUUCUCAGUCUCUGGCUUAAAUUGGGGCACCUAUGCAAUGAGCCUUUGGAUAUGUACAGCUAUUUACACAGCCAAGAGAUUGGCAUUUCACUUGCUCAGUUCUACAUUUCAUGGGCUGAAGAGUAUGAAGCGCGAGAAAACUUUAAGAAAGCAGAUAUGAUAUUUCAGGAAGGAAUUCAGCGCAAGGCUGAGCCCCUUGAAAGACUUCAGUCCCAGCACCGACAGUUCCAAGCUCGGGUGUCUCGACAGGCCCUGCUGGCGCUUGAGAAAGAACCCGAGGAGGACGAUUUGGAAGCUUCUGUAGCACAGCGAAGCACACUGGCCGAACUCAAGAGCAAAGGGAAGAAGACUGCAAGAGCGCCCAUCAGCCGGGUCGGAGGUGCUCUCAAGGCUCCAAGCCAGAAUAGAGGCCUUCAAAAUGCAGUUCCUCAACUUAUGCAAAGUAAUUGUAGAAUUACAGUUUUUGAUGAAAACACGGGCGAGGCUUCUCUAGUGGAGUUAGCCAAGCCUUCAGUUGAGCCGUGGACAGCACGCCCUGUGGCCAGGGCCAAAGAGAAUGAGCUGCAAGCAGGUCCUUGGAAUAUAGACAGACGUUCACAAUACAGGUCUCGUGGCAGUGCAGCUGCUAUGGCAUUUGAGCCCCCUGCACGUCCCAGUUUUACUCCAUAUGUGGAAGAGACUGCACAACAACCAGUUAUGACACCAUGUAAAAUUGAACCCAGUAUAAGCCAUGUCCUAAGCACCAGAAAGCCUGGCAAGGAAGAAGGAGACCCACUGCAAAGGGUUCAGAGUCAUCAGCAAGAGUCUGGGGAGAAGAAAGAGAAAAUGAUGUAUUGCAAGGAGAAGAUUUAUGCAGGAGUUGGGGAGUUCUCCUUUGAAGAAAUCCGGGCUGAGGUUUUCCGGAAGAAACUAAAAGAGCGAAGGGAAGCUGAGCUCCUGACCAGUGUAGAGAAGAGAGCAGAGAUGCAGAAACAGAUUGAAGAGAUGGAGAAGAAGCUAAAAGAAAUCCAGACUACUCAGCAAGAAAGAGCAGGUGAUCAGCAACAAGAAGAGAAGGCGCCUGCAACAGAGACAAAUAAGCCAUUAACUGCUUCCGAGUCUCAGAAAGUACAAGGAAUGACUCAGCCCAGUUACGUUUGCCCAGAAAACCCUUGUAUCAGGGAAACAUCACUCACGGAAAAUAUUUGGCAGGGACAGCCUAAUACUAAAGAUCCCAGUACACCUUUCUCCAUUUUUGAUGAGUUUCUUCUUUCAGAAAAAAAGAAUAAAAGUCCUUCUGCAGAUCCCCCAAGGGUUUUAACCGAAAGAAGACCGCUUGCAAUUCUCAAAACUUCAGACAGCAUCACCUCCAAUGAAGAUGCAUCUCCAGAUGUUUGUGAUGAAUUUACAGGAAUUGAGCCUCUGAGCGAGGAUGCCAUUAUCACAGGCUUCAGGAAUGUCACUAUUUGUCCCAACCCAGAAGACACUUGUGACUUCGCUAGAGCAGCCCGCUUUGUAUCCACUCCCUUUCAUGAGAUAGUGUCCCUGAAGGAUCUGCCCUCAGACCCUGAGAGACUGCUGCAGGAGGAGGAGCUGGAUGCGAAGACCACUGAGGACCAACCGACCGCCUGUGGCACCAUCUAUAAUCCCCCUCUCAGCAUCAAGAAGCUGAGCCCGAUCAUUGAAGACAGUGGUGAAGCCACACACUCCUCUGGCUUCUCUGGAUCUUCGGCCUCCGUUACAAGCACGUCUUCUAUCAAAUGCCUCCAAAUCCCCAAGAAACUGGAGCUGACCUGUGAUGCAGAAAAUCCCAUACAGUCACCCUGGUGUUCACAGUACCGGACCCAACUACUAAAAUGCCUGCCAGAGUUAAGUACUUCAGACUUGUCCAUAGAAGACAGACCUAUGCCUCAUUUGGAAAUAGAUAAGGAAAUUGAACUAGGUAACGAGGAUUAUUGCAUUAAACAAGAAUACCUAAUGUGUGAAGAUUAUAAAUUAUUUUGGGUGGCACGAAGAAACUCCACAGAAUUAACCAUAAUAAAGGUAUCAUCUCAGCCUGUUGCAUGGGACCUGUAUAUCAACCUCAAGUUAAAGGAACGAUUAAAUGAGGAGUGUGAUCCUUUGUGCAGCUGUUACCAGUACCAAGAUGGCUGUAUUGUUUGGUACCAAUAUAUAAACUGCGCCACGCUGCAGGAUCUCCUCCAGCACCGCGACCUGAUCACCCAUGAGAUGACAGUGUUGAUCGUUUACAACCUCCUGGCCAUCGUGGAAAAGCUGCACCAAGCAGAGAUAGUCCACGGGGACCUGAGUCCAAUGAGUCUGAUCCUCAGAAACAGAAUCCACGAUCCUUAUGAUAUCAAUCAGAAUAGUCAAGCUUUGAAGAUAGUGGACUUUUCCUACAGUGUGGAUCUUAAGGUACAACCCGACAGUUUUGCCCUCAGUGGGUUUCGGACUGCACACAUCCUGGAAGAACCAAAGGUCCUGGCCAGCUGUUCCUCUCCUUACCAGGUAGACCUGUUGGGUAUUGCAGAUUUAGCACAUUUACUGUUGUUCCAGAACCACCUGCAGGUCUGCUGGGAUGGGUCCAACUGGAAACUUAGCCAAAGUGUUUCUGAGCUAAAAGAUGGUGAAUUGUGGAAUAAAUUCUUUGUGCGGAUUCUAAAUGCCCGUGAGGAGCCCACGGUGUCUGUUCUGAGGGAACUUGCCACAGAAAUGGCCAAGGUUUUUGACACCACCUUCCAGAGCCACCUGAACAAAGCCUUAUGGAAAGUGGGGAAGUUAGUUGGUCCAGGGGCUCUGCUAUGUCCGCCACAUAGGCCGUCAAGUCUCUCGCAGCUCCCUGCCUAAAGCCAGGGCUUGUGUUGGGGAACACUGGAUCUGUACAUAUCCACCAUGUAGUUUGAUUUAGGACACAUAUGUACACUACCAAUGCUUUUCUACCUUUGGGUCGGGCUGUGUUUCUACAUGACAGGUGUUUUCUACACAGCAGUGCCUGUACCCACAGCCUUAUCUAAUUUUAGCAAAAAACUGUUUUAUUGUAAAUGGAGCAUAAACAAAUGGGUAUGUUGUUGUCUUUUCACCCAUUUGUGUCUACUUUCCUCUUUUGUAAUUUGUAACAUGUACUCAUGAUCCCCAUAUAUUUUGUAAAUAAAAUAGUGUUUGUUAAA